AUGCUCCGACGCUCCGCCCAAGAAGUCCUCACCAAAUCCCCCAACGAUGUAGUCAUCCUCUCCGCCGUGCGGAGCCCCAUCGCCCGCGCAUUCAAGGGCGGCUUCCGCGACUCCUACCCAGAGGAGCUCCUCAUGCCGAUCAUGCAAUCCGCCGUGCAACGCGCCAACAUCCAACCCGGCGACGUCAACGACACCAUGAUCGGCAACGUCCUGGCGGAGCUGGGCUUCGCCAAAACCGGCCGCAUGGCCCUCAACGCCGCCGGCUUCCCCAACUCCACCACCUUCCACACCAUGAACCGCCAGUGCUCCAGCAGUCUGCAGGCGCUGACGCACAUCGCCCACUCCAUCCUUGUCGGGCAGAUCGACGUCGGCAUGGCCGGCGGCGUCGAGUGCAUGACGCGCAACUACACCACGCGCGGCAUCCCCGUCGACGUCUCGCCGCUGCUGAAGGAGUCGCCCAUCAAGGCCGCGCGCGACUGUCUGAUGCCAAUGCUGCAGACAUCGGAGAAUGUCGCCGCGCGGUACGGCGUGAGUCGUCGCGAGCAGGAUGAGUACUCGGCCGAGAGCCAGCGGCGCGCGAGCCGUGCGCAGAAGACCGGGGGGUUUGCCGAUGAGAUUGUCCCCGUCUCGGCGCGUCGGGUUAACCCCGAGACCAAGGAGGGGACCUGGGAGAUGGUUGAGCGGGACGAGGGCGUGCGGCAUGGCGUGACGGUUGAGAAGCUGUCGGCGCUGAAGCCUGUUCUGGAGAAUGGGUUCAGCACGGCGGGGAACUCGUCGCAAAUCUCCGACGGCGCCUCGGCCGCCAUCCUCGCGCGUCGCUCGUGGGCCGACGCCCGCGGCCUGAAGCCCAUUGCCCGUUUUGCCGGCACGCAGGUGGCGGGCUGCGAGCCGGACGAGAUGGGCAUUUCCCCGGUUUUUGCGAUCCAGAACCUGUACAAGUAUCUAGGGAUUGAGAAGAACGACGUCGACGUGUUUGAGCUGAAUGAGGCGUUUGCGAGCCAGACCAUUCAUUGCGUGCGCGAGCUGGGUUUGGAUCUGGAGAAAGUCAACCCCAACGGAGGCGCCAUUGCGCUGGGUCACCCCGUCGGCGCUACCGGUACGCGCCAAGUGGCGACUUUGCUUGCUCAGUUGAAGAACCAGGACAAGGAGAUGGGCCUUGUCAGCAUGUGUGCUAGUACUGGUAUGGGUGUGGCAUCGCUGUUCAUUCGGGAGUAA